GGAGCUACAUUCCAGUCAAGAAAUUCUUCUCUUGUUUGUUGUUUGAGUAAUCAUGUGUAGUCUCACCCAACUUCUCAUAUACUUGGUUGCGUUUCUAUGUGUAACCGUGAAAUGCGAUGGAGCUGGUAACAUAAGUUGUAUGGAAAGAGAAAGGCAAGCUCUUCUCAAGUUCAAACAAGAUCUCAAAGAUCCCGCUCAUCGCCUCUCCUCAUGGACAGGUGAAGAUUGCUGCAAAUGGAGAGGUGUCCGUUACAACAACAGAACUGGCGUCGUGAUCCGGCUCGAUCUUAGAAAUCCAUAUCGACCUGAAAAAUUAAAUUCAUUUGCCUUUUAUAGGGAGUUGGCCUUGUUUGGUGAGAUUAAUCCAUCUUUAUCCGCUUUGAAGCAUUUGAAUUAUCUAGACCUUAGCAUGAACCAGUUUGGACAGAAGCAGAUCCCAAAUUUUAUCGGUUCAUUCAAGAAACUGAAAUACUUCAACCUCUCUAAUGGUGGCUUUGUCGAAGCAGUUCCUCAUCAGCUAGGAAACCUCUCGAGCUUGAGCUACCUCGAUCUCAGUUCUGACAUCUCAAAUUAUUUAAAGGUUGACAACAUUGAGUGGCUUUCUCAUCUUUCCUCUUUACAACACCUUGACAUGAGUGGAGUUAAUUUUACAGAGGUUGGUGGUAAUUGGGCACAGGACCAAUUCUCCCGAUCAUUCAAGUACGCAUGCCAUUUCUAGUACAACUGUCUCUUUCCGGACACUGUCUAAAUGGCAGCAUUCCAAAGUCCAUAUCCAAAAUGAAUUCUUUGGUACAGUUUGAUCUCUCUACAAAUUAUUUUUCAGGACGAAUCCCUUUGCGUUGGGAGAAUCUCUCCGCAAUUCAAGUUUUGGAUUUAUCAAAUAAUAAUUUGAGUGGAGCAAUUCCUAGCUUAAUGGGUUUUCUUCGUCAGCUCCGAUCAUUGCACUUGAACAGAAAUUCCCUUUUAGGAGAACUGCCAUUGUCCUUGAAAAAUUGCACAGGUUUUGUUACGCUCGAUCUUGGGAAUAAUGCAUUCUCUGGAAACACACCAUCCUGGAUAGGGGAAAACCUACUGUCACUACGAAUUCUUCGCUUAUGAUCCAAUAUGUUCUAUGGCUUCAUUCCCCCACAACUUUCUUUCCUCACGAAUCUUCAAGUAUUGGACCUUGCAGUUAACAAU